CCGCGAGCAUUUUUAUAUUUUUUAAAUUCAUAUAGCUAAAUAGCUAGAUCAGCUAGAUAAAUGUGUUUUUUUCUUCGGCAUACUGAGCAUACUUUAAUCUUUUGCUGCAGUAGCCUUUGAUUUACUCGAUACUUAUAACAAGCCCGCCAUAAACUGAAACAGUAACCUAGGCUAAUUUGAAUUGCGAGAGUUGGGUGGGAGUCCGAUUGUCAUAACCAGUCCAAGUCAGCAGUCCAGCAACCAGUCCAGGUCAAGUGAGCUAGGUACCACUAUUUGUGGGUACCACAUUGCUGCUGCUUCUGUGUAUUCAUUUCUUAUGCAUUGGCAUCACAAACUUGUGUUGUAAUGGGUGGUAAAAAGCAACCUCGUACGAAGAACAAUGUGCAGCCAUCCAGCAGCGACCGCCACGCCCAGCGGCUGGGCACCGAGCCGCUGAUCGGCUUCAGUGCCCUCUCCGACCUGGGCUAUGUGCCGGCGGCGGUGGGCGGCGCCUUGGAUGACGUCACUAUCGGGGGCGUGGCCAUUCCCGGCCAGUUACGAGCUCUCCUCAAGAAAAUGGAGAAAAAGGACGCCAUCACCAAGGCUAAGGCGGUGCAGGAGUUCGCCGAGCUCAGCGACACCCUGGAGCUGGACGAUGUCAGGGCGGCCGUGCCCUUCUGGCCGCGGCUCUACCGUAAACUGGCCACCGACGUGGACAACCGGGUGCGCGAGCUGGCGCACGUGGCGCUGCUGCGACUGCUGGCGCGCGUGCGCCGCGCCGCCACGCCGCACAUGAACCAGCUGGUGCCGACGUGGCUGUGUUGCCAGAGUGACCCGCACCCGCCGGCGGCCUCGGCGGCCCGGCGUGCCUUCCAGGGAACGUUCCCGGCCGCUGAGAAACAGACCGGUGUCGUCAAGUUCUGCUACUCCAGUGUUCUGAACCACAUCCGGGAAGGCCUGUACGAACUCACGCCCCACACCUACUCGGACGCCAGCGCGAUGUCGGCCGACGAGCUGGAGGCGCGCUACGUCCGCCUGCUAACGGGCUGUCUGGGCGCGCUGCGGCUGGUGGCCGAGCUAGUGCCGCCGCCCCCAGACACGGACGGAGACGCGGCGCGGCCGCCGGCCGUCUCCGACCAGCCCCUGGCCGAGCUCAUCUCCAACAGCAAGUUCACCAAGCUGGCCAAACAUGCACACCCGCAGGUCCGCCGGGUCUGGUUUGGUCUGCUGUCGGCACUCUGUUCCCGCCGACCUCUACUGGUGACCGCCGCCGCGGCCCGCCUGGCACCGGCCGUGAUGCACGGCCUCCACGAGCAGGAGCCGUCCGUGCUGAGUGACGCGUGGGACGCAGCCAUCAGCGUGGCCUCCACCGUACCGGACUGCUGGAGCCACGUGAACCUGCGGAAGGCAGUGCUGCCGCAGCUGUGGGCGGCACUGCGCGAGGGUGGCCGCGGCUGUGCCGUCACCCUCCACCCGCUGAUGAUCGUGCUGCUAUCGAAACUGCCCUCGGAUGUGGCCGGCGGCGACCAGACAGAGUUCUACCGGCUCUUCUUCACUAGUCUGUGCCAGGGGCUGGAAGUGGAGCGAGUCCAGCAGAGCCGCCGAGAGGUGUCGGUCAUUUGUCGCACAGUCUGGGAGUGCGCUCUGUAUGUACUGCGGAGCCAGCAGUGCUCCGAACAGGUCAUCGCCGUUAUAGUGGAACAGCUGGUGGCUCUGACGGGCGCCGCGGUGUCCGGCCCGCUGGCGGCCGUUGCUCCCCACCUGCUGCCGCCGCUGUCUGUCGGCCUCAACUCCCUGUACACGGUGUCGGCGGCGGGCGGGGGCGGCGCCGAGACGGUGGCCGCCGCGCAGCGGCUCCUCUGGUCCGCUCUGGAGACGGCCGUGCUGCGCCAGCACCUGGCGGCCGGCGGCGCCGGCGCGGCCGCCGCCGUCGACCUACUGCUGGCCGCGUCCAGCGUGUCGCCCGAGCCGCCGGCGGCCGGCCGCGCGCGCGUCACCUUCUCCGAGGGACCGCCGGCCGAGCAGGAGCCGCCGCCGCCGGCCGGGGAGCGGCUCUCGCCUCUGGCGCUGGCCGCCGGCUCGCCGCUGCAGGAGUGUGCCGCGCGCGCCGGCCAGCGGCUGAUGGACGCUGUGCGCGCGGCCAGCGCCUCGGCCGGCCAGCGGCGGCUGCUGGUCCGGUUGCUGGUCGGCGUGCCGGGCGUGGCCGAGCGGGUGGCGGCCGGCCCGGCGGCGGCCGGCGGCCCCGGCCGGCCCCUCUACGACGCCCUGAUGGAGCCGGAGCUGGCGGCCGGCGACUGUCGGCUCUCGGAGCAGCUGCUGCCCACCGUGUGGCGACUCUGUGAGCCCGACCAGCGGCUCCGGCUGGCGGAGCAUGUCACCCAGCGCGGCUACCUGUCUGUGGUGGCGGAGCUGCUGGAGCGGGCUGCCGAGGACCCCCAGCUGCGCGACUGGGCCCUGUCUGACGGACCGUUGGCCGCUGUCCUGUCUGCUGUUCAUGAGGCGCCCUCGGCCGACAGCGCCCUCUGGAGGCACGUGCUGCGCGCGGUACCGGCCCUGCUGCGCUACCACUCCCAGCAGACUGACUCAGACCCGGCGGCGGCUCUGCUGUCGGCCGUGACCGGCUCGGACGGCUGGCGGCUGGAGCAGCUGGCGCCCCUGCUGGCGCCCAGCUGCCGCUCACCGGACGCCCUGCUGGCCGCCCACGGCGCGGCGCUGACCGGUGCCGGCCCGGCCGCCCUGGCCGCCCUGCAGGCGCGGCUGGUCGCAGUCGGCGGCGCCGCCUCGGACACAGCGCUGGCCGGCCAGCUGCGCGCUGUCCUGUCCUCCGACGGGACGCCGGCCGGCCGGCAGCGGCUGCGGGCCGCCACGCGGGCCUGGGGCGCACUGCUGGGCGCGGACCGGUUCUGCCCGCUGCUGGAGACUCUCCUGCCGGCCGGCUGGGAGUCGGACGGCCGCCGGCCGCGCGCGCAGCUGUGCCUGCUGCUGCGGCGCCGCGCCAGCCUGCGGCCGCCGGCUGCCUGCAGCGACACCGCCGCCGCGUCCGACGGAGUGGCGGACUACCUGCGGCAGCUGCUGGUGGAGCUGCUGGCAGAGUGGCCGGCCGGAGAGAGCGGAGAGACAGAGCAGUCAGCGACAAAGAGCAAGGGAGAGGCGGAUCAGCCAGCGGCAGAGAGUGACUCAGAGCGACCGAUCACAGCGGCGGCGCUCCGGUUCCUGCCCGACCUGCUGACCGCUCACGUGAUCUCGGACGCUGCUGCUGAGCUGGAGGGCGCCGCCGACCGCUCCGGACUGCUGGCUGCCGAGAGUCAGCUGACUGAGCUUGUGACGUCACUGUCGGGUGAUCAGCUGACGGCGCUCCGGCAGACGGUCACGGAAAGGGCGCUGUCGGCCGAGGACGGGGUGGACGCCGCCGCCCUGGCCCUCCUGCUGAGUCUCUCGGGCGCUGAUCAGUCCGUGUCGCUCGACCAACUGCAGGACAACAUUCAGCUCGUGCUGCCGUGUGUGUCGCUGCUGCCGGACGCUGCGCUCCUCUCUCUGGUGACGUCAGCCGCCGAGGGCAGCGAGCUGCUGGCGCUGGCCGGCGCGGCGGCCGCGCUGCGCCGGCUGGCCGCCCGCCGCGGCGCCCCCUGGCUGCUGGCAGAGGCCGGCAGCUGCGUGGUGCGCGCCCUGGAUGCCGUCGUGCGCGCCCGGGACGCCGGACUGCUGCCCUGCUCGUGGCUGGAGGCGGACGCCGACUGGGAGCGGCUGGCGCGGAACGUGGCCGUGCUGCGCUUCUUCUCGGCGCUGCUGGAGCACUGCUGCGAGCUGCUGGAGCCGGCGCACUGGGACGUCCUGCUGCUGGCAGUCUCCUCGUGGGUGGCCGGACUGCAGGAGUCGUCUGAUAGCGCCUGCCUGCCGGCGGGCCGCGGGGUGGGCGCCCCGGUGCUGCUCCACUCGCUCUGCUGUGCCGUGGAGGCGGUCCGUGCGGCAGUGGGACGCUGCGCCGAGCAGCACCCCUCGCUGUCCGGAGAGUGGGACGAGCUCUACUCGCCCGAGUGGUACCGGGCGCUGGUCAGCGUGUUCGCGACAAUGGCCACGGACGGCGCUGCGGGCCGGUCGGCGGGUCCGCUGCUCCAGGAGGCCCUCUCGGCCGUGUGCGCGGUGGUGGUACACGCGCCCACCGCCGCGCUGCUCCACCAUGCGCUGCCGGUCCGGGUGGACUCGCGCCUGGAGGAGCGGCACCUGUCGGCCGACCUGGUCACCCUGCUGUUCUGGUGGCGGCGGCUGCUGACCUCGGCCGACCGCGGCGUCCGGCUGGCCGCCUGGCACACCAUGCACCGGUUCCUGCCGCAUCUAGCCGAAGCGGAGCAGAACCGACCACAUCACGAGGACGACAAGGACGACCCGCGCCUGACGCUGCCCACGCUGUUCAGAGCCGUCAUCGACCAGACGGAGCCUCUGGUAUCCGCGCUGCUCUCGGAGCUCUCGCCCGGCCAGACGUGCCUGGUGGACCCGCACACAGAGAGCCACCAGGUGGUGCUCACCCAUCUGAUGGCCUGGCACCUGGCCCUCUCCUUCACCGGACACCAGGACACCCAGCGCAAGGUCAUGACCGCAGAGGGGCUCAGGCAGGACGGGUCGCUGGACACGCUACUGAACCAGCUGUUCUGCCUGAUGCCCGAAACGCCUGAGGUGCCCAACUCGUAUGUGGAGACCAGUGAGACGUUCUUCGAGCUGGAGCUGCCCACAGUCGUGACGGGCGGCCGUUCGGCCGAGGAGGUACACCACUGGGCGUGCCGCACCUACGUACAGCUGCUGCGCCAGCUGCCGGUGCUGGCGCGCGCCUGGCGCUCCGGCUGCGAGCGCCAGCUGGCGCAGCGCGUACAGCGGCUGACCAGCGAGCACGUCAGUCCGCUGCUGCUGGCGGAGGAGUUCCGACGGCUGCAGGCGGCCGACACCGUCACAGACAACAUGACCGUACGCGCCCGUCCGUCGGUGCGCGAGGUACUGGCCGUAUACACCAUGGAGGAGGCCAGUACCGAGCUGGUGGUCCGUCUGCCGGCCGACUACCCUCUGGGACACGUGGCUGCCGACGCGCCCGGCCGCCGGGUCGGGGUGGCCGCCGGACAGUGGCGCAUGUGGAUGCUGCAGCUCACUACCUUCCUGACACACCAGAACGGCAGCGUCCUGGACGGCCUGCUCCUCUGGAAGCAGAACAUCGACAAACGCUUCCAGGGAGUGGAGGAAUGCAACAUCUGCUUCUACGUGCUGCACGGCACCAACUACCAGCUGCCCAAGCUGGCCUGCCGCAACUGCAAGAAGCGCUUCCACCCGGCCUGCCUCUACAAGUGGUUCAGCACGAGCAGCAAGAGCACGUGCCCCAUGUGCCGACAACUGUUCUGAGCGGCGCGGGGACCCGGGGCCGGCCUCGGCUGUUGUUGUUGUUGUUGUUUUCUCCCCUCGGCGGCAGGGUCACUGCCGCGAAGCCUCCCGGCUUUGAAGUCGUCUGGUCGCGGCCGCCAGGGCCGCGACGACGUCCGCGCUCCGAAUCUCCCCGUGCGACGGGUGUAUGGUGCCCAGCAGGCGGAACCUCAGGUUCAUCAGGGCUGGGCAACGCAGCAGAACAUGCCCGGGAGUGUCCGCCUCCUCCCGACACACCGGACAUCGUCCCGCUCGGCAUCCAUGGUCAUUGCAGCCAGGGCACUCCACCGUUGGGUUACGACCGAUCCUGUGCAUAUACUGGGCGGAGCCCGACCAGUGGCCCGCCCGCAGCUGAUGCACCUCUACAGCCGCGUGGCGGUCCAGACGCCGUUCCCUGGCCGUCGUCCCCUGUGGCUCACACGGGACGAAAUGGAACAACCUGCGGCCUGACUGUGGUUUAUUGUCGCGGUCGUGGCCGGAGCGACUGGUGGGGACUGUUGUGGACAGAUCGAUAGGGGAUGGCGUGCCAGUGUGAAUCUAUGAAGCGUUUACAGCCCAAGCGCGGAUCGCUGUGCGCCUUUAUCACCUGUUUGUGGUUAUCCUCGCGGGGCCCGUCGAGUAGGCAGGGAGAUCAAUAUAUGACUACUGAGCUGUG